UUCCCUCCUCCUCCUCCUCCUCCUCCUGUCAGCCGGGUCGGUGUGCGUUCGUCCUUCCGGCUUGCCCGAAGAAAGUUGAGGGAGGUCCAGCGGCAACCGGGCUCUCACACAAUGGACAGCCAGGGAAGGAAAGUGGUGGUCUGUGACAACGGGACCGGGUUUGUCAAGUGCGGUUAUGGAGGCUCCAACUUCCCAGAGCACAUCUUCCCUGCGCUCGUGGGGAGGCCCAUCAUUCGCUCGACAGCCAAAGUCGGGAACAUUGAGAUCAAGGACCUGAUGGUGGGCGACGAGGCCAGCGAGCUGCGCUCCAUGCUGGAGGUCAACUACCCGAUGGAGAACGGCAUCGUCAGGAACUGGGACGACAUGAAGCACCUGUGGGACUACACCUUCGGCCCGGAGAAGCUCAAUAUCGACUCCCGCAACUGCAAGAUCCUCCUGACUGAGCCGCCCAUGAACCCCACCAAGAACCGUGAGAAGAUCAUCGAGGUGAUGUUUGAGACCUACCAGUUUUCAGGAGUCUACAUUGCCAUCCAAGCUGUGCUGACUCUCUACGCCCAAGGCCUUCUGACCGGCGUGGUGGUGGACUCGGGGGACGGUGUGACACACAUCUGUCCGGUCUACGAGGGCUUCAGUCUGCCGCAUCUGACGAGGCGGCUGGACAUCGCUGGCAGGGACAUCACCCGCUACCUCAUCAAGCUGCUGUUGCUGAGGGGCUACGCCUUCAACCACUCGGCGGACUUUGAGACUGUGCGCAUGAUGAAGGAGAAGCUGUGCUACGUGGGCUACAACAUCGAGCAGGAGCAGAAGCUGGCGCUGGAGACCACCGUGCUGGUGGAGUCCUACACGCUGCCAGAUGGCCGUUUGAUCAAAGUGGGGGGCGAGCGGUUCGAGGCCCCCGAGGCUCUGUUCCAGCCCCACCUCAUCAACGUGGAGGGCGUCGGAGUGGCCGAGCUCCUCUUCAACACCAUCCAGGCGGCCGACAUAGACACCAGGUCUGAUUUCUACAAGCACAUCGUCCUGUCGGGGGGGUCCACCAUGUACCCCGGCCUGCCGUCUCGGCUGGAGAGGGAGCUGAAGCAGUUGUACCUGGAGCGCGUGCUGAAGGGAGACGUGGACAAGCUUUCGAAAUUCAAGAUCCGGAUCGAGGACCCCCCCAGGCGGAAGCACAUGGUGUUUCUGGGCGGAGCCGUGCUAGCCGACAUCAUGAAGGACAAGGACAACUUCUGGCUGACCCGCGAGGAGUACCAGGAGAAAGGAGUCCGCGUGCUGGAGAAACUCGGAGUCACCGUCAGAUAAAGCAGCGGACGGACACACGCACACACACACGUGUGUACAUUUUAUAUAUAUAUAUAUAUUCAUCCAUCCCUCUUCCCUCGGCUGUGGAUUCAGUGGGAAUCCAGCCGUCUCCUCCUCCUUUCUCCCGGUUUGGGAUCUUCACUGAAACGGCCAAAAGGGUUCACGUUGUCCUGCUGGUGCGUGUUUUCUAUAUCUUUUUGGGGAUAACUCAUGCAGAACGUUUUUCAAAGAAUCUAUCAAGUGGCCGCCGCAACAACAACAACAACAACAACAAUAACUAUCACCUUCUUUCUUUGUUCUUUUUAAUAACAUUUACAAUAACAAUAACGUUAUUUUUUUCCUUAAUUUCUGUUCUGGAGAGGGCUACUUUUUAAAAUUCUGCUUUGACUUUGUGAUUUUUCCAUUGCAAAUGGUAGAAGUGCAGCACGCUCCGAUAGUCGUGGGAACGAGCGCCUCCAUGUCGGUUUGUCUUUUAAAAUGAAGAACUGGUUCAUCUACAAAGGGACAAAUAGACAAAAGGAAGCUUGAGGUUGAGUGUGACGGUACUUUUUUUUUUUUUUGUGUGGGGGGGGGGGGGGGGGGGUAGGUGAUGAUGAUGAUGAUAUUUGUUCAUCAGUCGCCUCGAUCCAUCUGGAUUAACAAACGGUUGAAAUGCCGUUGAUCGUAUUUAAGUCCUCCGGUUCCUCAGGUCACUGGAGGUGCUUCUAUUUUGAGUAUUAAAAACGUGUAUAUUUUUAUUUUUUCCUCUUUCCAUGAACUAAUAUCCGGUGCCAAGAGCAGUUAACGUUAACUGGAUCCGUUUUAACGUCUUUUCUUUUAUCUCACUUGCUUUUAUUUUCCCGUGUUGUUCAGAACUGCCUAACGCUGAUUUAAUAAAGAAAAGGGAUUUAUAAAGUUUGUGUCCUUAAGUUAUACGAGUAAAAUCUCUCGUCAGAAGGCUGCUUUUCAUUUUCAUAGUUGAUUCGUGUUCUUCAUAGUUUGUUCUAGAACUUUUUUAUUCAAUUUUGACAAGUUGACGUUUUCAAAUGACAUUUUGUACUAAUAAUUUUCUCGCUCUCAUUCCAUCUGUAUUUUAGUUUGGAACCUCGUUUCUAUUUCGACUUAAGGAUUGUGGCAAAAGAGCAUAACGUGUCCACUCUAUGGUUUCACUUCAUUCAGUUCUAAAUUUAAAUUGUUGCAAUAAAAAUGAAUCCCACGCGCAAUCUGUGCACAGAUGAGUCUCGUUGCCCGGCAACCGCCACCCACCCAACAGAGAUAAAGCGCGAAGGACCACGUGGUCGCGCAUUAAAAUGCUUGCGGAUGACGAAAUGAAGACGAGUGAGCCGGAAUCAGUGGAUCAUAAAUAGUUGUGUAACAAGUCGUCUUCGUCCGGAGGAACAAAGUCCGGAAAAAAAGAACCGAGACACAAAGUAAAUCCUGAAACCAGCGGCAACGUAGUUUUCCUUUCUUCCGCUGCGGUUUGAGACGCAACGUGAAUAUUAAGACAUUUAAGGAGACGUUUGAAAGAAAAAAACAUAUCAUGAGCACAAAGUUGUGCUCAGAAUUUUGGUAGAAAAUUUUAAUUUGAACUGUUUGAAAUUAAACCGCGUCUUGAAGCAUUUAGUUGCUGUGGAAUGGAUUUUAAUCUUUGCGCCUUAAACAUUUAGGCCGGUAUUGAGUAUUUUUGUUUUGUCUCAUCGUGUUUCUUUUGUCAACAAUAAAAGACAUUAAAUAUUGUA